GUGUGCGAUAGAGGAGUGAGGCCUAGUCUGGACCUGGGCAACUGCUGAAAACAUUAAAAUAGACAUCAAAAUGACUUCCAGGAUUAUUUUCUUUGGUUUUCUUGUCCUCGCACUGUCAGGAACUGAAACAAUAAGUCUUAUCGGCAAGAGUCACAAAGGAGACAACCCUCUGCUCAAUUAUGUUGUGAAUAACUCUUUAAGGGAGGAUCCAGUGCUGACUAAACUGCGCCUGAGAACAAUGGAAGAUUCAGAGAACAGUAUGAUGGUGGCUCCCGAGCAAGCUCAGUUCAUGGCUAAUCUAAUAAAACUAAUAAAAGGCAACAAAACCAUUGAAGUGGGCAUGUAUACAGGAUACAACGCUCUGAGUAUGGCUUUGACCAUUCCUGAGGAUGGCCGAGUGGUGGCCUGUGAAAUUGAUGACGAUUAUGUGCAAAUAUCCAAAGCAUUCUUUAAAGAGGCUGGAGUAGAAAAGAAAAUUGACAUCCGCAAUCAACCUGCACUUAAAACGCUGGAUGAACUCCUUGACGCUGGUGAAGCUGCAACUUAUGACUUUGUAUUCAUUGAUGCAGACAAGAAUAACUAUAAAAAUUACUAUGAAAAAUCCCUAGAGCUUAUUCGUCGAGGUGGCAUCAUAGCAAUUGAUAAUGUCCUUUGGGGAGGGAGCGUCGUAAACCCUGGCAAGGAUGACGUCAUCUCUCAGACCAUUGACCAGUUUAAUAAAAACCUCCACAAAGACCAGCGAGUGGAUCUGAGCAUGCUAACCGUGGGUGAUGGCUUAACGCUGGCUAUUAAAUUGUAAUCCUGUCCCUAAAAAAAGUGGCUAAUGAUGGGCCAUGUAUAAUUGUUUCUGAUAAUUAAUUGGAAGUUAAUAAUAUAGUAUGUGACUUUUUAUUACACAAAAAAACCCACUGAUCACUUUUACCAUCUGUCUUCAGAAAGUUUGAAUCAAUUGAAAAAGGUUGUUUACUCCCUAUUUUUGGGACACAGAUUUAUUUAAAUACAGUUUGAGUUAACUCUGUAGCCCACUACAGUACUGUUGCAGCUGGAUGCCGACAUAUUCAAGCAGCAAAGAGUAACAGAUUUCACACACUUUUAUUUUCUCUUUAUGGACCUAUUUAAGGAAUUGACUGACAUCAGAACUAUCAUACUAUACAGACCACUUGAUGCUCCUUUGUGACUAAUUGCUAUAUUAACUUGAGUGUGGAUUACAACAUUAAUCAGACAGCAAAAUUACUCCAUUUUUUUUUCCCCUAGUAGAAACAGAUCAUGAUAACCAAAUAAAUCUAAUUCAUGGUGACAGUUUGCGUUUCUAUGAUACACAGUGCACUAUUCAAAAAUUAAUCCAUGUUUUUAGAAAUCUGGAACGUGUCAAAAACACACCACAUCUAAUAGUUUGAGUUCAUCAAAUAGUUUAGACGUUUACCACUGCAACCUACUUUAAUUUACUUUAUAUGGAAAUGCAGUGUGAAUAGAGUCUAAAUAUAAACCCUUAAAUUCAACAUGACAAAUAAAAGAAGCAAAAAACGAAGCACUAAUCUUUUACUUUUACAUUAGACAUUUAUGCUAAAGUAACUGUAUUUAUUUUGACACCUGUUUUGUUCAAUGGUCCUUUAACAGUUUUUUGCAAUUAUAAAUGUAUUGUACUUGUACUACAAGAUGAUUUUCAAAACAUCAACAAAAACUAUCUGAACAGGAAGAAGAUUAUGUUAGGAUUGUGUUAAUCAUGAACAUUACAAUUAUAGGGAAAACGUGGCUUUUUUCCUAUUGUAAAUUUUGCAUUAGCAACAAAGUCACGGUAGAAUAUUUAAAGAUUCUAAAUAAUAUGUACUCCACAAAUAAUUAUGAAACUGCAAUUCUAAUCACAGUGAAGUGAAGUACUGACUUUUUGAUAAUU